UUAAACCUAACGCGCCCUCUAAACUCUACUCCCUCCUUCGGCCGCCUCUCAAACCAUCGCGUGUUCUUCCGCUGAUCAUCGUGUGUUUGAUUAUUCCGGCUGAGGUAAAGCCAAAGAAUCUCAAACCACGUCUACCAUCGUUUCGUGAUUUUGGUUUAUCCCCUGCAUCCUCGUCGUCUUAUUGUGAUUUUCUUGAACGGUUAGGUAGACAUCCAAAAGGAUUGAUUAUAUCUGGACCUGAAUAAGAUCCUCUGUAACUUUCCUUUUAUCUUAAAAAACAUUACUUGACUGUGAUCGACCAAAAUGGGAUUGAACUGGAUUGGCCCCAUAGAUCAAUCGCACGAGAACCAACUGGGAGUUUCUGGCUCCAUGUAGAAUGUAGUUGCAAGUUUAGCAGGAGGAGAAUCAAUAGAUACAUAUUCCAAACCACGUUGCACCUUGCCUAUGUAUAGCAGCAAUUAUUAGUCAAUAGUUUGAAUGCACGCUACCCGUCCGAUGAAAUGCUGAAGAGGAAAGUAUCCGGAAAAAAUAACACUUCCGCUUCCCGUCAUCAUCAGAAGCGAACUCUAGUCAACGUGAAGUUGAAAUGGGUAAAAGACAACGUCUUGGACACUGCAGUAGCUGGUCGGAGAGAGCUUAAGGCUGCCUCCAUUCUUCUUUCCAUCAUUGCUUCUGAACCGCAGCUCUGGCUUCCCAUUUACCAUCUUCCUCGCCAGCUUGGCCUCCCUCUUGACCUCAAGCUUUCUACGUUUCUUAGAAGAUACCCAAACAUCUUUGAGGAGUUUUACCGUCGGGAUUCCGGUGGAACUCCAUUUCCUUGCUACAGAUUAACUUCCGACGCUCUAGAGAUUCACCAUAAAGAAAUUGAGAUACGUAGGCUUUGUCAUAUGGAUAUAGUUAACCGGCUGAGGAAGCUUCUUAUGAUAACUAAGGAUAGAACGCUCCCUCUGCAAACCCUUGAUCAGCUGAAGUGGGAUAUGGGUUUGCCAAAUGAUUAUAGGAAAAUGUUUACCAAUAACGCUUCCGAAUUGUUUUCUUUUGUUCGCCUUUGUGAUGAUCGUGUGGGACUAAAGCUUUUACUCUGGGAUGAUAGUUUGGCAGUUUCCCAUUUGGAAAUGAAGAGUUUGAUGAAGGAUGGAACAUUGGGUUUUCCUAUCGGAUUUACAAGGGGUUUUGGUUUGAGAAGGAAGUUUAUGGAGUGGUUAGAGGAGUGGCAGAAGCUACCUUAUACUUCUCCUUUUGCAGAUGCCUCACAUUUGGAUCCCCGCACGGAUGUUUCAGAGAAGAGAGUUGUGGGAGUCUUUCAUGAGCUUCUGCACCUUACUUUGCAUAAGAUGACAGAGAGGAAAAAUGUGAGCAAUCUCCGUAAACCGUUGGGGUUGCCCCAGAAAUUCACCAAAGUGUUUGAGAGGCAUCCAGGAAUUUUUUACAUUUCCAGAAAGGGUGACACACAUACUGUUGUCCUUCGAGAAGCGUAUGAUCGCAGCCAACUCAUUGAGAAGCACCCCCUUGUUGAUUUAAGGGAGAAGUUGGCUAGUAUGAUGGGUAAAGGAUUCCUGGACCGUAGUCGAGGUUUAUAUAGAAAGGAAAUCAAUUGUGUUUUAGAGGAAAAAUCUUCACACAGUCACCUUGCUGCUGAAAGAAAUCUAUAUGAAUAUGAUGAGGACUCGGAUUGUACGUUCCUUUCAGAAUAUGAAUCUGACUAAACCAGAAUGUGUAUGGAUUUUUGCUGAUGUAAUGACGUAACAUCUUGUAAAUUAUGAGAGCUUGUUGAUUGCUACAAUAGCCAUUUUUCAUAUUACAUAACAUUCUUAUUAUCUUAAAUACAGUAUAACAUU